AUGAGCAUCUCACUACCCAUCCGGACUUCAGACGGCACGGGCAAUUCCUCCAGCCCCCCAAAGUCAACCGGGCUUCCUCACCUCUCGCCUUCCCCGUCCUUUAUCCACAAACAAUCGCCCAGAAGCUCCGACAACUCGGGCCUCCACCGCUCCGCCAGCCAACACAUUGUCCCGCCGACUUUCAAGCGACGCCGCUGUAAAUCGCAGUAUCCCCAUGACUCCCCCGAGCGCCAUGUCGAAUUCAUCCUUGUCGCCUCUUUCCAUAUCGAUCGGGGUCCGAUUAUGGAACAUCAGUACCCUGGUCCCAUUAGCAGCGACGAGGGCAUGCUGGCGGAGCUGAUGUUGCCGGACCAGACCCAUGUCCGCAGUCAAGAUUGGACUAUCUUUUUCCUACAUAAGGACAACGGCGCGGAUGGAGAGGACGAAUCGGCACCGGGGAACAAAAAGGAAAGGAAAGGAAAGAAAAAAGAACGGACGUCUUCGGAUGAUGAUGAUGCAGAGGGCAGUGCCGGCGCGAAUGAUGAUUCCGAGAUCACAGAGGAGGAGGAGGAGGAGGCAAGCAGUGAUGAGGAAGACGGCGGGGAGGGACCGCCAUUGAUGUAUGUGCUUAAUUUGGUGAACACAAAGCAAGAUAAUACAGUCAAGCGAGGCGCUGUAGUCAAGGCUAUGGCGAUAUGUACGCGGCAUUCUUUCCUACAUAUAUACAAACCUAUUUUGCUUUUAGCCCUGGAGGACUAUUUCAAAAAUCCAUACCCCGAAACCCUCGAAGCACUUUAUAAUGCUGUGAACGCCAUGGACCUGUCACCGAUGCCGAAGCUGAACCUGCUAGAACGUCAGAUACUGCAAGCUACCAACAGCAAAGACAUGUUUAUUGAGAAGUUUGAGCAGAUGGUUCACCAACGAGCGAUUGAGGACGGCGAAAAUGAAUUCGACGAAGACAAUCCACCGUCGCCGAAACGAGGCCCUGCUCCCCGCUAUACGCUCCCACGAGAUACCCACGAGUUUGAGUCUAAAAUUAUCUAUAACGACAUUCCAAUUCCGGUCAAAGUACCGACAGUGAUAUGGCCUGAAAUCGUGGGCGACUUCUCGCUGGUCAAGCUCGUUCAGAUCUUCUCCGCGCCACAUGCCACCCAACCACAGCCGUUCCCUCUCCAUCCUCAUUUGACUACUAGCGGCCCUCUCACCCACCCGAUUAUCGUUCUCGUCAAUGCGAUGUUAACCCAAAAACGUGUAAUCUUCCUCGGUCACAACCGACCGUCCGGGGAAGUCGCAGAGGCAGUAUUAGCCGCCUGUGCAUUGGCGUCUGGUGGAAUUCUGCGUGGAUUCACCCGCCAUGCCUUCCCCUACACAGAUCUGACCAAGAUCGAUGAUCUCUUGCGGGUUCCAGGAUUUAUCGCAGGUGUCACGAAUCCUACGUUUGCCAAUCACCCCGAAUGGUGGGAUGUGCUAUGCGACCUGCCUACGGGCCGAAUUAAAAUCAGCAAUCACAUCGAAGCUGCACCGGUGACCGACGGCCAAUUAUACUUUCAGCAGCAGAGCCCAGUCACCGCAACAGGCCUUAACGCCGAUCCAACCGGAGAUAACCUCUUUAUGGAGGACGUACUUCGCAGCAUAGCGAAUCGAUACGGCGAAAAUGCUAUCAGGGCCAAAUGGCGCGCAUACAUCACGAAAUUCACGCGAACUGCGGCCGCAUUUGAGGAAAUAGUUUACGGAGCGUCAAACAUCUAUAUUAUCGGACCUAACGAAGAGCUUUCUCCUGACAGCCCCAGCGGCCUACAAUCGGAUCCUGGUGAUCCGACAACAAUCCGCGGCCACGGCUACGUCUGGCCGGACGAAGCCUCUAAGCAGCGUGAAUUGAUGGCAUCCGUCUCUCGCAUCGAAGGCUGGCGCACUACUCGGUCCUACUACUCCUUUAUCCAGGACAUCGCAGCAAUGUACUGGCCCUCCCGUCCCAUCCAAAAGCCUGACCUCCACCACCACCACGACCGUCUUCGAACCCUGAAGCUGCCCGCCUACGACGCCGGUCAAAUCUACCUCGCUUUCUCUCACGCAAUCAAAGACUACGCCGGCAUCUGCCAACUCCUAACCGUGACCCCCGAGAGCCAGGCAGGCCUAUUCUACCUCGCCAUGGGCCUCCUCCAUCCAGACCGAACCGUCCGCGAGGCAACCGCGGACCUACUCGAGCGGAUCGCACUCCACCCCGCAGGCCGCCAUUUCUGGGCGCAGCUCAACCGGUUCGCGAAAACGGCGUACUUCCGCAUCAAGCGACAGCGAGACGCAGCUGGGAACUCGUCGCCCGUGGUGAAGUCACCAAGUGACAGCAUCGGCCCUCCGCAGAGUUUAGUAGGCGUUGCUAUGAGUGGUGUGCGGUCUCGAGGGAGUUAA